UCGAUCGUAUAGACCGUCCGGUUCGAACCUCGCCUUGACCCGAAGUCUCUCGCUUCAGGUGCUUCUCGACUGGUCAUCGUCAUAUCCGGAUCGGCGAGCGGUGAUCUUUCUGGACAGAGGACAAAAGAUAGGACCAGCUAGAGCUACUACAACCAUAUAUACACGCUCAACUGCUGCUGUGCACUGCCGCAGCGGAAGCCUAGACCUCCACAAGCGGUCGACAUGGUACGACAGGCGAGCGUUCAGACCGUCGAGGACAACUCGGACGUCGACAUGGACCAGCAAAAGCUCACUGCGCCUAGCAACGGUCGUUCCAGCCGCUCCAAAUCGGCUUCCGUUCGUAACCACCGGGAUUCGUCUGUCAUUGAGGUGCUUCCCGAUAAUGAGGCUUCCACUUCGAGCUCGAAGCGUCAGACCAGAAGGGAAGCGGCUGUCGUCGUUGAAGAGCCCUUCACGAGGUUCUUCCUGGAUUGUGUCGAGCUUCCGACCUUGUCAGACACGGAGAAGGCAGAGUAUGAACAUGAACGGUUUCUCGCUGCUGUACCGGGCGAACCAGAUCUACCCGCCGAGGACUAUGUCACCAAACCGGCUCUGGCUGCAACUCGCAAGCCAAGGUGGAAGACGAUAGCGGAUACCUCCGAAGGCGAGGACGAAGAGGACAUGCCUAGACCGAAACGUUCCCGUAACGAUACCAAUUACAAGGGAGCCGCAUUGGGUGUCGAUAGGGUCGAUCUGGAUGGGGACUUUGAUUCUAUCGAGUCGGAGUCGUCGGAAGAAGUCGAAGAUGUAGAUCUCGAGAGCGAGGGCAAUGAGUGGGACAGGAGGCCUCGCGAGACCCGUAUGAGGACCUCGGUCAGGCGAAGGCGAGGAAACGCUGAAAUCGAGUCAAUAGAGUCCGGCUCGGAUACGGUUCCUACCGGCCGCGGUCGUGGGAAAGCCAAGGGGUCUCCUAUCGAAGUCUCGUCAGAUGGGGACGACUUUGACGAGAUUCUCGACGAACUGGAGGACGAGGUGGACGAUCCGGAGCUGACCAAAAAGCAUCGCCCGACCUGUCACAAGUGCAACUUCAAGCCCUCGCACGACAUGUACCGUGCGUUGAUGCAGAAGCGCAAGAAGAAGGGUUACCGGAAAAAGUCCAAGGUGGAUGACCUGUUGAUGGACGACGACGAUCUCAUCGACAAGCUCGGGGGAUGGACCGAAUGUCGUCGGUGCUGCACGAGCCUCCAUUGGAAUUGUCUACCCUCUCACUUCCGUAAUGAGCUGCUGGCGCAGGACAAGAAGCUAGACUUCAAAGACAGGAAUAUGCCAUCGGGUCGGCUUCGGAUGGACCACAAGAUUGUCAUCGAUUGUCCCCACUGUAUCGCGCCGAUCUCGAAGAAUUGCUACGUCUGUUGGACCGAUGACAAGCAGGACGGGGCGAAGCUGACCAAUACAGGCGAGGGGGACCCUAAAGGCAAGGGCGUCGACCGGGGCACUGAACCCGCAUCGGAACACAACAAGGAUCUGCUCUUCCGUUGUGUCCGAUGCUUUCGAGCGGCGCAUUACGAACAUCUUCCUAGUCUUGACCCCGAAAAGGGAAACCCACCGGCAUUGGUCUUGGCCGACCAGUAUCAGCCAGGCAAGCCUAAGAUCGGAUGGCAUUGCCAAGAUUGCCGGCGACUGCCACACGACAUUGAAUACAUUAUUGCUUGGCGUUAUAGUCCGCCUGAAGCCAAAGACGACAAAUACGACGAGGACCUCCACCCGGCAGCCCAGCAUCUGCGUCGGGAAUACCUGCUCAAGUUCAAGGGUUGGGGUUUCCGCCAUGCUACUUGGGUCGCCCACGAUUACGUCGUCCAGACCGCUAAUCAGAAGGCCAGAUACUUUAUCGACAACGGGAGUCGCCUACAAAUCAAGACCGAAACGGAGUUGGCCAACGGAGCUGACGAGCUUGCGGAUGACGAGGAAGCCGUUCUGAAGGUGGACGGCGAUGCUGACCAGAUUGAUGGUGAUGACGAGAGACCACUGCCGAAGCCGGAAGCCGAUCGCGAUUUGCCUCGGGCUUGGAGUACUCCGGACCGCAUCCUCGAUUUAUGGUUUUUGACGGGGAAACCGGUAAAAUCCUCCAAGAUGAAGCUCAACCGGGUAGAGUCGCCUGAGCCCGAACCCGAAGGCGUGCGAUACGACUUCGUCAAGCCGGACGACUCGACGUUGAUCCACAUCGAUGACUGGGAACGUCGGAAUAGGAAAACUCUAGGACCGGACGAUGCUCAGGACCUCGUCUCCCGUAUCGGUCUGGUCUACGUCAAAUGGCAGGACUUGCAAUACGAAGCUGCCACUGAGGACACACCGAUCGCUCCUAAUUCGCCCUUUUAUCCGGCAUUUCUUUCAGCAUUCCGCAAUUACCUUUAUGCACGGACGGUCAAGAUCCCGAUUCUUACGAAAGCCGAAGCCAAGGCUCGAGAUGCGAGAAAGAUUGAUGGAUACCAACGACUCAUGGGCAUUCAGCCGGAUUGCGUAACGAACGGGACGUUGAUGGGUUUCCAGAUCGACGGUCUCGACUGGUUGAUGAACAAGUGGUACAACCUGACAUCCGUUAUUCUUGCCGACGACAUGGGCUUGGGCAAGACCGUGCAAAUCGCUGCGUUCCUGGGGCUGCUAGGUUCAGGGGCCUGGAAUGUUUAUCCAGCUCUUGUGGUAGUGCCGAAUAGCACUCUUCAAAACUGGCUCAGAGAAUUUGCCAAAUGGGUUCCGCACCUUCGCGUCGUCCCCAUCCAAGGAUCGAAAGAGUCGCGCGAGAUCAUCCGCAAGUACGAGAUGUUUUCGGCCAAGGGAGACUUGAAGUGUCAUGUUGUGCUCGCGACCUACGAGAUUGUCACUUCUCAAAAGGAUUUUUCCGUACUCUUGAAUAAGGUGCCGAGAUGGGAGUCUCUCAUCGUAGACGAGGCAUCUCGACUCAAAAGUCAGACCAAUCUUAUCGUCAGGAAGCUUACGCAACUGCAGCCGGUCCACAAGGUCCUGUUGACGGGGACUCCCCUGAACAACACGGUCCGAGAGCUGCUCAACUUGAUGUAUUUCCUGGAUCCAGAAGAGUGGAGCAACCUCGACGAGUUGGAGAAGCACUAUGCCGAAAUGACCGAGGACCUGGCGAAAGAACUCCGGGAAAAGAUUGCACCUUAUAUGCUGCGAAGGAGAAAGGAAGACGUCCUCGAUUUACCACCCAAAAAUGAGAUCAUUGUACCUCUAACGAUGCGACCUCUCCAGCGAAACGUAUACAAGUCAAUCUUGGAGAAGAACGCCGAUCUCAUGCAGGCACUUGCGCAGGCCACGACCCGCGGAGGUGCGCCACUGAAAAUGAAGGCAUGUCACAACAUCUUGAUGCAGCUGAGGAAAUGCCUUCAACAUCCAUUCUUGAAUACCCCGGAACUAGAAGAUCGGACAUUGGGUAACAAAGAGACCCAUCAAGCUCUCAUAGACGCCUCUGGAAAAUUGACCUUUUUGAAGACCUUACUGCCAAAGCUCAAGGCCAAGGGGCAUCGAAUCUUGCUGUUCAGUCAGUUCGUCAUAGCCUUAAAUAUCAUCGAAGACUUCUGCGACGGUGAAGGGUACCGCACCCUCAGACUGGACGGGACCACCCCUCAAGAUCAACGGCAGCGGGAUAUUGAUACGUUCAACGCGCCCGAUUCGGAACACUUCCUCUAUCUCAUCUCGACUCGGGCGGGUGGGAUGGGAAUCAACCUUGCGACUGCUGAUACAGUUAUUGUGCACGACUUGGAUUUUAACCCUCAUCAAGAUAUGCAAGCCAUCGCCCGUGCCUAUCGAUAUGGGCAGAAGAACAAGGUACUGGUCAUGCGUUUCAUGACUACACCCACUGUCGAAGAGCGGAUGAUGCAGAUUGCCAAGAAGAAGCUCGUUUUGGACCACUUGAUUGUGCAAGCGAAGGACUCGGACAGCAGUGACAAUAUCGCAAGUAUCCUGCUCGAUGGCGCUCGGGCUAUUCUCGACGGGACCGACACGGACGAUAAGACUUACGACGAUCAAGCUGUCGAAGAGCUGAUCACAAAGCUGGAAACCGGGGAAGACGAGAAGAGUAAGGACGAGAGCGGUUUCACCUUCGCUGCAGUCUUUGACAACAAGAAGGGAAAGCUGCAAGCGCUUAAGACGGACGAUGCAGCCAAGCCGGAAGACCCCGACUUCUGGGCAAACGUUGUGAAGCGAGCAAAUGAGGAGAGAAUCAAGAGGGAGACGGAGGAGCACGGUCGAGGGAAGCGAAAGCGAGCAGCUGCUAACCUCACGAUCCACAUCGACGACGACAACGAGCAACCAAGCAAGAAAUCCGCUGCCGCCAAAAACAAAAAGAAGGGCAGUAAAGAUCAGGUGGAUAGCGAAGGUUCGGACUAUCAAUUCAAGGAUAACGAGGUGGAAUCCGAUGUCGAAGUCGACGCUUUGGAGGUAGCCAGAGAGAUGCAGGGCGAGCUGCAACCCGGACAGCCCGGUCCUUCAUCACGCAAGACGAUCGUCAAGACCGCAAAAUCGCCUGAAAAGGCCCAGAAGGUUGCCCGUCCGGCACAUCGCCGGCGCUUAUCGGCAAAAGGCGAGGAAUUGCGGAGACAAGGAGACCCGAUGCAGCUCGGGUUCUACCAUCUCAACCGGGUCCACGAACUUGCUCAGAGGUUCGGUCUUUACAGCAGGGAAAAGCUGAACAAGCUGCUCGGCGCGAUUACGGAUUCGAGCAAGACUGGCGAAGAGCGAAUUGCAGAAUACGCAAAGGCAGCAAAGGUCAUUGAUGAUCAUCUGGAAAUCCAAGGUCAACCGAGGAUCUGCGGAUCGAAUAAGACGAUGGCGGAAAUUCGCGUCCUCCUCAUCCAAACGAGUCAACCCCGAAAGCCCAAACCCAAGCCCGCUCCUGCAGCGAAACGCAACGCUGUACCAUCUGCUCCUGUCCAGCCGCCACCAUCGAUUUGCCCCAGCUGCGGAGCUGUGGUACCGUCUCAUGGCGCAUGUUUCAAAUGUAUCGCAGGCAUCCAGGUAGGCCACGCUUGGACGGAACGCGGGCCUAGCAAAUCGCUAACAAAAACGUACCAAAAAAGUCGCAAAUUCGAAUAGUAGAGUCGAGCACAGAGGACAACGAGGAAGACAAGGCGAGUCGAUGCUUGAUAUGCUUGCGAACUAGCGCUAGCAAAUCGAACUGAAUGAGGAUCUCGCACCUUGUUUUAGAAUGAGGCCUUGCGUCAGCUGGAGGGGAUGUUGAAUGAUAUCCGUGCGCGAUCGGGCCCUACGCAGUCAACAUCAUGAGCAUAUAAUGAUCAGGGGUUUGUAUGGAGGGAGGUGUUUACCUAUGCUUCUUGGUUCUCCGGGUCUGUGCAUGUACUCGAGGCCGGUUGUACAAAUACUACUACUCUGUGCAAAACAAUCAAACCAGGCAUGGAUCGUCACG